GUGCUUGAGAUCAGUUUACGAUGAACGGUCGGUGAUCUCUGACAUACCGUGUAUCUUGUACUGUGGUAUUAUUAUUAUCAUUACAUCCGUUCAUACCACGCGGAAUGUGGCGCGCACGAUAGACCUGAAAAACGGUCGACGAGUAGCACUGCAGUUGCUCUGUACGCGUUGUAUACGAUAAAGUAGAAUAGACGGAUCGUGUUGGAGAACAGGAAAAACGACCUGUUCCCAAUUUGGCGUGCGUUUUCCGACCGUGCGUGUUCGCCAUGGGCCGCAAAGGUGAGAAGAAACCGUUGUUGGCCAACAGCAAUGCCGACAAUUCCCGACCAGAAAAAGAUGUCACCCGUUACCGGAGUCUGGAACAUUCCAACGGGACGGGUACCAACAAGCAAAUUAACCACAGCAUUGAGUACACGUGGACUCACAUGAACGUGUACACGAGAAACGGAAAAAGCCAAAACUUUUACGAUACGCUCACGUCAUGCUGUUCGGGGGGUCUGAAAAACAAGACUGAAAGAAAACAAUUAUUAAACAACGUGAGCGGUUCGGCGCGACCGGGCGAACUGUUGGCCCUGAUGGGAUCCAGUGGCGCCGGCAAAACGACCUUGUUAAACUCUCUGACAUUCAGGAGCGACCACAACGUGAUAGAAUCUGGAAUUAGAUCUAUCAACGGUAUACCGGUCAACAGCAAAUUGUUGACGGCCGUUUCUGCGUACGUCCAACAACACGACCUGUUCAUCGGAACGCUCACCGUCCGGGAGCACUUAAUAUUUCAGGCGAUGGUGCGAAUGGACAGACACAUACCGUACGAAAAACGAAUGGCUCGAGUCGAAGAUGUCAUACAAGAGUUGUCAUUGAGUAAAUGUCAAAACACUAUCAUCGGUGUGACCGGCAGAAUAAAAGGUUUAUCCGGUGGUGAAAUGAAACGUUUAUCGUUUGCUUCCGAGGUGUUGACAGACCCUCCGCUGAUGUUCUGCGACGAACCGACCUCGGGACUGGACUCAUACAUGGCGCAAAACGUGAUCAGUGUGCUCAAGUCGAUGGCGUCUAAAGGCAAGACAAUCAUUUGCACCAUUCACCAGCCGUCUUCCGAGGUGUACUCCAUGUUCGACAAGAUACUAUUGCUGGCCAGCGGCCGGACGGCUUUCCUGGGCACUCCCAACGAUGCCAUCGAGUUUUUCAAAACGCUCGGCGUCAGCUGCCCGAAGAACCACAACCCAGCGGACUUUUUCAUUCAACUGUUGGCCAUCGUACCGUCCCAAGAGCAGUGCUCAUACGAAACCAUCGACACGGUUUGCGAGGCUUACGAGAGCUCCAACUACAAGAGCGACAUGAUGGAACACCAAAAACAGUUGUGUGCCGCCAGCAAAAGCACGGCGGACUGUAGUUGGGGUUCGAACGGUCUGGAGAACGUCUCGUCGCCGUACAAAGCAUCGUGGACGGAACAGUUUUCAGCGGUCUUCUGGCGGUCGUGGCUCAGUAUCAAAAAAGAACCAGCCCUCACCAAAAUUAGACUCAUCCAGACCAUGUUGGUAGCCGCUCUGAUAAGUUUCAUAUUCUACAACCAGCACCUGGACCAAGACGGCGUGAUGAACAUCAACGGAGCACUGUUCAUGUGCAUAUCUAACAUGACGUUCCAGAACGUAUUAGCCGUUAUCAACGUGUUCUGUUCCGAACUUCCGGUGUUCAUGCGCGAACACCACAACGGCAUGUACCGGACGGACGUGUACUUCCUGAGUAAGACCCUCGCCGAGGUACCGAUAUUCUUGGUGCUGCCCAUACUGUUCACGUCCAUCAUGUACUACGUCGUGGGCCUGAACCCAAAGUUCACACACUUCCUCAUGGCUGCCCUGUUCAUAACUCUCGUCAGUCUGGUCGCUGUGUCGUUCGGUUACUUUGUAUCGUGCGCCAGUGGUUCCAUAUCGGUCGCACUUUCUGUGGGGCCCACGAUCGUCAUACCUUUCCUGCUGUUUGGCGGUUACUUUUUGAACGUCGGAUCGAUUCCGUACUAUUUCCGGUGGCUGAGCGUCUUCUCGUGGUUCAAGUAUGCCAAUGAAGGGCUGCAAGUCAACCAGUGGGCAGACAUCGACACCAUCCAGUGCAACAGGGUGAAUACAACGUGUCCCCGUUCUGGUCACGCAGUCUUGGAAUCGAACAGUUUUCUAGAGUCAAACCUCACAAUGGACAUAGUUUCAUUAUUUCUAUUAAUCAUCGCUUUUCGGUUCAUGGCGUUCUUGGCACUCCUGGCCAGAACGACAAGAAAGUAACACACACGUGAUAAUAUUUUCAAUGAUUCUAAAAAUUCAUCACUGAUACAACUGCCUACAACAUACAUGUUUGUAAUCCAACACCAAAGGCGAUACACUAUUUGGAAUUAAGAGAUAAAUCCAGGGAAAAAAUAGAACUAUAUACAUUAAUAUAUAAUAUAUAUAUUUAUACAGGAUAAGAUCGCUUAGGGUUGUACAUAUUAUAUUAUUUUACAUAAGAUCUUAGAUAGAAAAAUAAUGUAAUGUAAUUUAAAUUUAUUUUAAAUGAAUAACAUCAUAGUUAAAUGCCAUGUCAUCAUCGUGCAUUCAUUAGUCAAAGACAUCACUGAAACAUCAUUUCUAUAAUUUAUAAAUUGGUACUUUUAAAAUUUUAAUUUGUAUAAUAGUUUAUUAUUUAUAUUUAAGUUGCACAGUACUUGAGUGCCAUAGCCAGAGUGAAUGCCUGUGACUUGUCCAUUACACUCAAAAUCUCAUGUUUUUCUUAUUAGAUAAAAUACACACAAACACACUGAUAUACCUAAAUAUAUAUUAUCCAUUUACUAUAAUUUUGUAUGUUGAAGUUCCCCCUCAAUUGAAAUAAAACCCAAAAUACGGUACUGGUGUACUAAAAUAAAGUUGGUUGUACCUGUACGGUGUUCAAUCCGACUUUUUUAAUGGUCCUGAUUAUUUUAAGAGUAUACAUUUUAUGUUUGUUAGAUGAUUUUUUUAUUAUUAUUAUUAUUAUUAUUAUUAUUAUUAUUAUUACUACUAUUAUUAUUACAGUAUAUAAUAUAAAAAUGAUUAUAUUAUUGA